GCCAGUUGUCCUUUCAUAACCAGAGUUGGAAUAAAUAGUUGCUUUGGACCAGACUGCUAAGAUACAAUUUUCUGAUGCACGGAACCCAGUCUUCAACCAUGAUUUAUCUUUCAGGGCUUGUUGGCUUUCUGCUGGUGCUAACAGCUGAGGCCAGAGUUGGAAACUCAUCUCAGUUAACGUUCUGUACUGAGACAGAACAAUGUCUGCUGUUUGAUCUGAUUUGUAAAACUGACAAAUAUGAGGCCCGUCACUAUGACUCUGUGAAAUGGGUUUCAACUGAGGAAACAUCCUUCUUCAUGGAGAUGGCGUCAAUGAGAGCCUUCAGACGACUGUUUGAAUACAUCACUGGUGCCAACAAGGAUGGAAAGAAAAUCGCAAUGACAGCUCCUGUCAUUGUGAAAAUACCUAACAAGAGAUUUUGGGAAACGGCUGUCUUCACAAUGAGUUUCUUGCUGCCAAUGGAACAUCAGAAUAAUCCCCCCAAACCUACUGAUGAUAAGGUGCACAUCCAUGACAUGCCAGCUAUGACCGUUUAUGGACAGAGCUACGGAGGAUGGAUGACGAGCAUGGCUGACAAAAACAAUGCUAACAGUCUGUCCUCUGCCCUUGACUCAGUUCAAGCAAAUUACAAAAAAGACUUCCACUAUGCUGUUGGUUAUAACAGCCCAAUGACGAUGUUUAACAGGCACAAUGAGGUGUGGUUUGUCACUGACGAUGAUCCGGAGUGUCCCAGCAGUGAGGAAAUGGAGUUUUCUCCUUUCUCUUGAACAUUGUGAGCCCUGUGCAAUAACAGCUUUCUAUAUGCAGCUGGGCAUUGCUUCAAGUCAUAAUGUGCCACAUAAAGCAUACAGCAUACAUUGCUUGUGACAAUGGUUUUACAGCUUGUCUGAUGGUUUUGUGUUGUAUUCAAUAAAGUUACCAUUUUGCAUUCA